AUGGUAUUUAAGUUAUUCGCAAAAUUCACCGUUCCAACCAUUCUCCAAUUUCAAUCCUCUCAACCGUCAAAAAAAAAUAACUUGGUUGCCACACUGUAUCCAACACUCUCAUCAGACGCGACUUCGAGAGGCGCGGCAGCUCGUCAUAGCAUGAUUUCCACGUCCUCCGCUGAAGAGAUAAACUCUUGGUCUUCGACUCCCGACGAGUCUCCAAUUCCCGCGGAUAUUAAAGAGGUCAUUCCAAUGACAACCAUGUCCGUAGAACAAGAACUCAACAGAGAUGCUUUUAAAAUUUUGCAACAGUGCAUAGAUCUCUUGAAAAUGCUUCCCGACGAGGAAAGCUUUGUCUCUGAAAGCAAAUAUGUUCCCUCGAGUACCAUAGGAAAGCAUGUGAGGCAUAUAUGUGAUCAUUUUCGGUUACUAUUUGACUCGAAACCCAUGUAUACAAAGAAAUCAUCCUUUGAGAAUGAAUCCUUCAGCACUUUGGAUGACAACGACAAUGAUUCGAUGAACACAUUGAACGACUCCUCCGAAUGGAAUGUGAAUUAUGAUAAUAGAAUCCGUAACGGGACAAUAGAGACGUCGCGUAUGGCAGCUAUCCAACAGAUUGAGCGAUUUCAAUCGACCAUCUUAGAUUAUAGCACCGUUAUACCCCUCAACACGCAAAUAAAUAUGAGCACUACGGCCGGUAAAGACCCGAUACAUUUGCAAACGACAUAUGGAAGGGAAUUAUGGUUUUGCUGUCACCACGCGGUAAGCAUCUAG